AUGCCUCCCACCAUGGAUCACGAAAAGCGCCGCCAACAGGCAGGCUACGAUGCCAUCGACCUGCCGCCGCCCGGUACCCAUGCCGCGCCUCGCUCCGGAGCAAAGGCCAGCUGGCGCUUCCUCGUCGCUGCACUGCUCUGCUUCACCUUGCUCACAUGGCAGUCGGACAGGGUAUGCAAGCACGACGGCAAUCACCACAGCCACCACGGAGGCGCACUCAAGCCAGAAGACCAGACCGACUUUACCAAGAGCGCUCGCGGUGAGAUCGACUGGUACGACUGCGGCGACAAGGACAAGUUCCCGCAUCCCUUCCAGUGCGGCCGCCUGAAGACGCCGCUCGACUACACCAACCCCUCCGACGAGCGCAACGCCUCAAUCGCCGUCGUCUUCUGGCCGGCCGGUGCCGGGAAGACACCCAAGCACGAUAUCCUGGGGUCCAUCCUCACCAACCCGGGUGGUCCGGGCGGUUCGGGCGUCGACUUCCUCACGCGCAAGCCAAAGGGCAAGCGCACCUCCCUCGGCGACCUAUACGACCGCGUCAUGCGCCGCCGCUACAACAUCGUCUCGUUUGACCCGCGCGGCAUCGAAAGGAGUUACCCGACCGUCGACUGCUACAACAGCACGCGCAACAGUCACCUCUCCCAGCUCCAGAUGUCAACGCUUGGCGUCGCGGGAGCUCGGCCCAACUCGCUCGAGUCCGAGUACGGCGCCCAGAUCUCUCGCGGCGAGUUUGGCUACAAGCUCUGCGCCAGCGACCCGGUCCGCAAGGAGCUGCUGCGACACGUCAGCACGGCCGCCGUCUCGCGCGACAUGCAGCUCCUCCACCGCGCCCUGGGCGACGACAAGAUCAACUACUGGGGCUUCAGCUACGGGACCGUCCUCGGCUCGACGUACGCCGACAUGUUCCCCGACGACGUCAAUCGCCUCAUCAUUGACGGCGUCGUCGACGUGCCCAACUACUACGCCGGCCUCUGGUCCGACGCCUUUGUCGACAUCGACGCCGAGUUCGACGCCUUCUUCGACGAGUGCGCGCGCGCCGGCGCCGAGGCGUGCAAGCUGGCCAGCCACGGCGGCGAUGGCAAGCAGCUGCGCCAAAAGUACCUGGCCAAGCUUGACGAGCUCAAGCUGCACCCGAUGCCUGCCUUUGACGCCAAGCACCCGCAGCUGCUCACCUACAGCCAGGUGUUUAGCGCCAUGUUCCACUCGCUCUACGUGCCCGCCCGCUGGCCCGAGCUGACGUCGCUCCUCGAUCAGAUCCUGCGCGGCAACCCGAGCCCCUUUGUCGACGUUUACGGCGACCAGCCCUACAACGCCUCGAGCGCUCCCCGGACACCGUGGGCGCAGGACGCCAUCGCGGCGGGCGACGUCGUCCAUCCGCCGGCCAACCACACCUGGUCGAUCGACGAGUACGCAGAGUGGCUGCGCUCGACCCUCUCCGACUCGAGCGAGAUGUUUGCGCCCAUGUUUGGCCAGAUCGCCCUCUCGGGCCUCGUGACGUGGAAGACACGCUCCGUCGACCGCCACUUUGGCAACUUUACCAGCACCACGUCGUUCCCGUUGCUCAUGCUCGGCAACGACUUUGACCCCGUCACGCCCGGCCGCAACGCCGACCUGAUGGCGUCCAAGUUUCCGCGCGCCGUCGCCGUCCAUCGCAGCGGCUACGGCCACUGCUCCCUCUCGAUGCCCUCGCGCUGCAUCGACAAGGUCGUGCGCGACUACUUUGUCCACGGCAUCGUGCCGGAAAAGGGGACGAGGUGCGAGACCGACCAGGACAAGCCCAUCUUCCCGCUGCCCGGCAAGGAGCGCGAGGUGCGGGCCAAGUCGAGCAGGCCCGAAGACGAGGACGAAGAGGAAGAAGCGCUCAAAGCACUGCAGGACAUCGGUGCCGCCGUGGCCGAGGUCAACAUGCGCCAUGGCCGCGUUGCCGGCCGUUGA